AUGUCAGUGGCCUCUGGCGAGGGCCCGGAGAACAUGUACAUCUAUUCACCACUUCAAGGCCAUCGGCACAUUCGCUUGCUCCGCUUGCUCCCAGACUGGAACGAAGAUGCCCCCCUCCGUUCUCAGCUCUUUGAAUAUCCCAUGCCGCAACUGGGAGAGGGACCGCACAUGUACGAGGCCCUGUCCUAUGUAUGGGGGAGCCCGGAGAAGCCUCAUACUCUGUAUAUCGACGAGAAGCCCAUGCCCAUCACGGCAAACUUACACGAGGUCCUUUUGCGUCUUCGCAAUAGGAUGAUCGAGCGCAUCAUAUGGAUAGACGCUGUCUGCAUUGACCAAACCAACAUCGAGGAGCGAGGAGAACAAAUUCAGUACAUGGCAGAGAUUUAUUCCAAAGCGAGCCGUGUAGUCGUAUGGCUCGGCGAAGCCGCAGACGAGAGCGAUCGAGCCCUAAAGCAGAUACGCAUGGCUGCAGAUGAAGAGCAGCAAAAGCCGUUGGUGACGGACGAGGACCGGCAGGCAGUUCUUGCCCUCGUCCAACGGCCGUGGUUUCGUCGAAUAUGGGUGCUUCAAGAGGUUGCUGCCGCUCAACACAUUGUUAUGAUGUGUGGCUCUAUAAGGGUUGAUGGAUACGCCUUCUGCUUGGGCCUCCCUUCACUGCUCUCAUACGGAGACAUUCCGAGUCACAUCCGUUCAGUUACGUAUCUGAUGAGAGGUUCCAUAUUUCGGCCAAAGUACAUUGUCAACUCGACGGGAGGCAUAUCCUUGGAUAUACGACCUCUAGGCGGAUUGAUCGAUAUGUACCACGCCCAUGAGGCUACAGAGCGCCAUGACAAGAUAUUCGCUUUGCUGGGUAUGAGCUCUGACAAUCCCGGCGAGUCUGGAUUGAUACCCAAUUACAACAUCCCUUGGGACCAGCUCAUGGCAAGGCUUGUUAAGUUCAUACUCGGCGAAAGAGCGCUUGUCCGGUCAUGGGUUCAUCAGCAGGCGGCCGCUGUAUUCGCCAAGGGCCGGGUAAUUGGUAUAGUCUCGUCUGUUCAGAUGGCCAAAGAUGAUUCCCGUGGAGAUAGGCAGUAUGUCAGCAUCAAAAUACAGGACACAAUCGGGCCAACGUGGACUGUACCAGUCGCGGUGAAGCCAGUCGAAGUCGGCGACAUUUUCUGUCAGCUACUCGGAGCUACAAGCCCCAUGCUCGUCAGGCCAUGCGGCGAUUAUUUCUCGAUCAUUAUGGUUCAAGUUGCGCCUCCGAGUAACGCGGAGACAGAAAUGAUGAACGUGGAACAGUUGGGGCAAUCAGACAGCUCUUUCUUACAAGAUUUUCUGCUUGUAUGGGACUGGGAUAGUCCCCAGGAGGAGACGCAACAUCGAGACUAUGAUGCAUGGAUGACGGACCGAUUGUCUCAGUAUAAAGAAGCAGAAUCCGAAGGCUAUCUCGACAAAAAGACGCGUUUAUGGAACGUGGCCCUAAUCAUGAGUGAUGCGGGAAGCAACGGGGAGUCAGUCGUCAACAUGCUUCAAGAGAUGAAGGAGUCCUACAUACCAACCUGUGGACAAGCGGAUCGACGAACACUCCUGUGUAUGAGCAAGCUCGCUCUGUCAUAUGGGAGAAUGGGACGAUUAUGGGAAGCAGAGUUGGAGUUUUGGCAAAUGUUCUGGACGAUGAAAAGUACCCGACAGGCAAGUGGCGACCUGAUGAGGGAAGUGGUCAGCUUUGGAUUAAUGUGUCAAAGCCAUGGUCACAUUAUCAAGGCGAGAAAUUUUGAGAAAAUAGCAGGCUUGCUAGAAAUGGCUCGACGUUAUCCCAUAUUGGAGGAUGAAGACUUCGCCGUGGUUAUUGCAGAUGCAAGCGUCAGAGGGAUUACCAUCUCGGAAAAACUUAUCGUAAGAGCAGAGAAGAAAUUUCACAGCACAAUGGAUGCCGAUGAGCCGCCAAGUCGACAAAGACAUGAGGCUACUCACUUGGAAGAACUGCUUGCAAGAGCGGUAAGGAAGGGCAACGUGGAAGCAACGUACCUUGUGCUGUCUCACAAGAAAACGCAUGUCAACGGCGAAGUACUGAUGAGCGCAGUGAGGAGCGAUGACAAUUCAGCGUUAUGGUGCAUACUUGGCAGAGAGAAAGACGAGGUCCCCAUCGGGGAGAACAUAGUCAUCAUAGCAGCCAAGAGGAGCAACGAGUCGGUCUUGCAGUACCUGCUAGAAAAGCAUGAGGACAAGAUCCAGAUCACAGAGGAGGUGCUCGUCACUGCAGCAGAUAACCAGGAACGUUCGGUGUUGAUCUAUCUCUUGGGGAAAUGGAAGCACAGAUUCCAAAUCACCGAGAGAGUUGCCAUUGCAGCGGCAGAAAACGAGGAGUUUCCGGCAUUGAAGAUUCUGCUGCAAGAGAAAGGGGACGAGAUCGACCCUACCAUGCCGGUCGUCAUGGCAGCAGCGAGUAACAGGGAAAAGUCGGUGCUGCACAAUCUUGUGCAAGAAAAGGGGAGCGAGAUUGGUAUGACAGAAGAGGAGAUUAUGGCAUUGUGGAAGAAGGAGAAUCUUUUGGCAGUUCAGGGAUUCAGAAACAUCCAUUUACACAGACAAUUCGAGAAGAAGGAGUGA